AUGGGCUCAAUACUAGGCAAACGGAUGCAAUCGUUUAUGGAUCUGAUCCGCAAUUACAAGACAUUACAUAUCGUGAUGUUAGGCCUGGACUCGGCCGGCAAAACGACGGCUCUCUAUCGGCUCAAGUUUGACCAGUAUUUGAAUACCGUUCCCACCAUUGGAUUCAAUUGCGAGAAAGUCAAACUCAACGGUCGGGCGAAGGUAUGUCUGGCCGUCCAUUUGGUCGCCCGACACCUCUGGCCACUAUGGCACAUCGUUUCUAAUUUGGGACAUCGGAGGUCAGGACAAACUGCGGCCGCUGUGGCGGUCGUACACGCGCUGUACGGAUGG